AUGGGCUGGCUUGAGGUCAGCAGACUGGAGUGGACCCACAUUGUAGAACACUGCUUCAUCAUACUGUCAGAAAUGAAAAAAAUACGGGGAUUGAUUCAUCAGUAAUGUAGCACGGAAUCAGCAUCAGAUGACUGCAGCAUGGCUUCAAUUGGACAGAUCAUCUUUUGGAGCAUGAUUGUCCUUAUAUUUGUAUGUGCUGGACUCAUAAUUCUCCUUUUGGCUAUUGCAUUUUCAGCAUCCCAGGGGACUGUAGAGACCAGUGCCCCCUUUCCAGUUGGUAACCUAAGAGAGGAUGUGGUUCUGGAAUGCAAGUUCCUCACCAAAAGUGGAACGGAUCGUUCUAGUGAUGUGUUCAUCACCUGGGAGAAAGAAGGUCUCACUGGGCUGGUUUAUCAAUACAGGAACAAUGCAGCACAGUUACAGGACCAGAACACACAGUUCAAAGACAGAGCCCAGCUUUUCACAGAUGCCAUCGCUGGGGGCAACGCUUCUCUACUCCUGAGAAGUGUGAAGAUGACGGAUGAUGGUGUGUAUUACUGCAAUGUGGGUGCUCCUGGAGUCUGGGGCAGAGUGAGGAUUGACCUUAGAGUGAGUGUCUACUCAGCUCCCACCAUCACCAAAUCAAACAGCGGUCUAAGAGCUGAAGCUCCAAGAUGGCAGGCCACACCUAACGUAACCUGGGUAGACCAGAACGGAAAGCAGUUAAACAGCAGCACACAGUUUAACAGCAGCAGCACUGGAAUUGUGCAAGUAGUGAGCAACCUCCCAGGACCCCUGACAGCUGCAGAGAUCUACACCUGUUUCAUCGAGAACUUUCUCAUCAAAUCAGUCUCUGAAGUAACAGGCGAAGGAGAUUUGAAAAAUUCCUACUUUGUGACCAGUUCAUCACAGAAGAUGCUGCCACUGCCAUUAUUUGGCACAACUCCUCUCCUCCUCUACAUGUUGGCAUGGUGAAGUUACUGGAGAGCAUGAUGGAUAUGGAGUACCAUCCACAAGGACUGCUCUAUAAAACUGUGGUAAAUCUGCAUUUAUUGCUUUUUAACCUAAAAUGAUCAUAAAUAAAUAUCAAUAAUA